CCUAUAUCUUCCCCCCUCCGCCGAAUUUCUGCACACAAUUCACACACACCGCCAAUUUAAUCUAUACACACAGAUCCACAGAAGCUGCAUUACGUUUAGCUCCCAGCGAUGGCGAUCAAGAGGAAGUCCGAAUCGGCGAAGAAGGAUCCGGCGAAGAAACGAGCUGCUGCCGAAUCAACUGCGGCGGCGGAUGAGAAACCGAUCAGUCCGGCUGAGGAGGAAGCCACGGCCCGAUUUUUAGGCGAACCGGUCGCCGACGAGGAAGCUCGGAAACGGUGGCCGCAUCGCUACCAGAAAAAUCAGUCAACGGAAAUCGUCCAAGCAAAAUGCCAUUUUCUUCAAGCGGAGGUCGAUGGACAGGUUUAUUACUUGGAUGAUGAGGCUCAUGUUAAGGCUGAGGAAGGGAAGCAAGAUUACAUAUGCAAGAUUGUAGAGCUGUUCCAAGCUGUUGACGGGACACAAAAUUUUUCAGCUCAGUGGUAUUAUAGAGCAGAUGACACGGUUAUUAAAACCUGCACUCACCUUAUUGAUAAUCGGCAAGUAUUCUUUUCGGAAGUGAAGGAUGAUAAUCCACUUGAUUGCCUUGUAAAGAAACUUAGAAUCGUGCUUUUACCAUUGAAGGUUGAAGAUGAGGUAAAGGAAACACUUAUGUCAACAUGUGACUAUUACUAUGACAAAAUGUACUUACUUCCGUACACUUCUUUUGUAAGCUUACCAUCAGAGAGUACUACUAACAGCAACGAAUCUGGUUCUACUAUCUCUAGUGAUGCUGUUACAAGUGUAUUUUCUGAGUUUGAAGGGCAAGGUGGUGAGAGAACCCUUUUGGAUAUGUACUCUGGAUGUGGUGGAAUGUCGACUGGGCUUUGCCUCGGUGCUAAUAGUUGUGGUGUUAAACUUGUCACGAAAUGGGCUGUUGAUCUGAACCCGUAUGCCUGUGAAAGCCUGAAACUGAACCAUCCUGAAACGCAGGUGAGAAAUGAAAAGGCAGAUGACUUUUUGUGCCUUCUCGUGGAGUGGGAGAAGCUUUGUGUAUCCUAUUUGUCUUCAGAAAACAAAGGCACGUCUAGUGAGCAUGUCAAGGAAGAAGUUGAAGAUGAUGUCGAGGAAGAGGAAAAUGACGAUGAGGAUGACUCUGAAGUAUAUGAAGUUGAAGAGAUCUUGGCAGUUUGUUAUGGAGACCCAAAUGAAAAAAAUUCCCCUGAGCUACAUUUCAAGAUACGUUGGAAGGGUUAUGGCCCUGACCAUGAUACGUGGGAGCCCUUGGACGGUCUGAGUUCCUGCCCAGAAAAGCUGAAAGAAUUUGUGCUAAAAGGCUACAAGCGUAGAAUAUUACCACUUCCUGGAACUGUUGACGUCAUAUGUGGGGGUCCACCUUGUCAAGGCAUAAGUGGCUUCAAUAGGUUUAGGAACAAGAAUGCACCACUCGAAGAUCCGAAGAACAAACAACUUGUGGUGUUCAUGGACAUUGUGUCCCAUCUUAAGCCAAAGUUUGUGUUGAUGGAGAAUGUCGUGGACCUUGUGAAGUUUGCAGGUGGCUUUCUCGGAAGAUAUGCAAUGGGCUGCCUUGUGUCCAUGGGCUAUCAAGCGAGAAUGGGAAUGAUGGCAGCCGGUGCAUACGGCCUGCCUCAGUUCCGCAUGCGUGUGUUCUUGUGGGGUGCACUUCCCACAGAGAAAUUACCUUCAUACCCAUUGCCAACCCAUAACGUUGUUGUUCGAGGAGUUAUUCCUCUUGAGUUUGAGCCCAAUACAGUUGCAUAUGAAGAAGGGUCCAAAGUGGAUCUAAAGAAGGCACUGGUUCUUGGCGAUGCUUUGUCUGACCUCCCUCGUGUUGAGAAUGAUGAGGAGCGUGAUGAAAUACCAUACGAGUCUGAGCCUCAAACUGAAUUCCAGCGCUUCAUCAGGCAAAGAAGAGAUGAAAUGCCUGGUUACUUGAAUGCCAAAUCUGAGGUGAUUGAACAUUUGUUGUGUGAUCAUCGACCUCUCUGUCUAAAUCAGGAUGACUACGAGCGCGUUUGCCAAAUACCUAAAAAGAAGGGUGCAAACUUCAGAGAUCUGCCAGGAGUGAGAGUUCGUCCGGACAACAAAGUCGAAUGGGACCCUAAUGUGGAGAGACAAAAAGUUUCUUCUGGGAAGCCUUUGGUCCCUGAUUACGCUAUGACUUUCGUCAAUGGAAGCUCGAGCAAGCCGUUUGGGCGUUUGUGGUGGGACGAAACAGUUCCUACCGUUGUCACUCGAGCAGAGCCUCAUAAUCAGGCAAUCUUGCAUCCUGACCAAGACAGAGUUCUCUCGAUCCGUGAGAACGCACGACUGCAAGGCUUUCCCGAUUACUACAAACUUCUCGGCCCUAUAAAGGAGAGAUACAUACAAGUGGGGAACGCGGUGGCUGUGCCAGUGGCGCGAGCAUUGGGGUUCUCGUUGGCUCUCGCGUUGAGGGGGUUGUCUCAAAAUGAAGCAGUGAUGAGCUUACCUGAAGAUUAUCCCAUGAUGAGUGAUGUAGCUUCACCGGCUAUUGACAUGAUAUGAUUCAUUUUUUCCAUCAUUCAAAGCUGGUAAAAGUGAUUGAUUAACCUGUUGUACUAUGAAUUCAGUCAGAACAUAAUUUGUAUUAUAAGGAUUCUUAUUAUUUACUUCAAUGUACAACAAUUUUAUUUGGAAAUAAUAUUCAAUACUAAAAAUAGCAAAACAUUCAAUACUAUUA